UCUGUAGCGAUAUUAAUAUAUCAUUAAUAAUAUCAUAUCACAUCAAUAUUGAAGUUAAAGUUGUGACUUUGUGAACGGUCUCCUUGGACACGGGGGAAGAAGUGACGUCAUGUGGUGAGCCGUGGUGUGAACGCGUCAGUCUGCAGUUCGUUACUUUUCCUCUUUCGUUUACAGGAACUGAGAGAAGUGAAGAGCGCAGCAGAAACAGCCGCAGCGCCAUUAAUCUCACAAAGUUUACCAUCGACACUAAAGCUAAACUCAGUGUGAAGUGUGAAGAACAUGGAGAGUCGAGGAGAAACCACGGCGUACGGAGCUUCUUUAUCCGGAGGCAGCUUUGACUUUGUUAACUUUCUGAAACAGCCGCAAACUAUUCUGCGUUUACUGAGCUGGGUGUUUGCCAUUGUGGUUUUUGCCACCAUUACAGCUGAAGGAUAUGUCAAUGAUGCACACGAUUCUCAGGUGAAGUGUGUGUUUAACCAAAACGAAGGGGCCUGCAAUUACGGAGUGGGCAUCGGCAUCAUUGCCUUCUUCGGCGCCGUGGCCUUCCUCGUUGCCGAUGCUUAUCUCCCCAUGAUGAGCAGUGCACAGGAGAGAAGGCGUCUGGUGAUAGCUGACCUGGGGUUCUCAGGACUCUGGACGUUUCUGUGGUUUGUGGGUUUUUGCCUCCUGGCUAAUCAGUGGGGAAAGACCACCGAGAGAGUGGGAAUUCCUACUGAUGCUGCACAAGCUGUCAUUGCUUUCGCCUUCUUCUCUAUUGCCACCUGGGCUGGACUGACCUAUUUUGCUCUGGUAAGAUUUCGCCAAGGCGUUGGAGACAUCACUCAGAACUUUUCGGAAUCUGUUCCUGAUCAUACCUCCCCUUACUCCUCAUCAUACAUCCCUCAAGAUCCCUCACCAUACCAGGCAUCUGCUUACCCCUCCUUCCCCAACGCCCGCUCAGACAUCUACCCGCAGCCCCCCUUCACAGCCAAGCCAGAGCCGACGGGCAACAAUGACUACCAGCCUCCGACCUACUGAUGAGAACAAGAGCCCUUUUUGUAAAAAGUGAAAAGGGAUGAUUAGAUGACCUGAUCACAUGACGGUAGACGAAGCCUGUGGGAGCAGCCAAUCAGAUCUCUCUUGUGCAUUGACAGGCUGUGGCAUUCCUCAACAUUGACUGCUUCUCCAAGUUGCCAUAAAAUUAUUCUUUGUGCUUAUUUAUGGAGACACAGGCGUUUUGUGUUUCUGAAUUGUUUGUAUGUUUGUAAAGCUCAGAGAUGAUCAGUGCUGGUUGCACAAACUGUGCCUUAAUCAUAACGAGUCAUUGUGAAAGUGCUGGUGCCCGAGCAGGCUGUUACUUUAACCUGACUGUUCUGUUAUGACUUACUGACCUUUAUUUCACUUUUUUCCAUGUUUUAAAUAAGGCAAGUUGUUUCAAUUUCACAAAUAACUCGAAUGAUCGAGCACAAAUGAGUUUUCACUUUCACUGCUCAGUGUCAGGUGGCUGAAUAAUCACAUAACGUUUAAAUAGCCAGAAUAAAGUUGCAGUCUGCACUGGUGUUACUAAAGCUCCAUUUUACUGAUAUGAACUUUUCCUGUAUUGUGUGGGGGGUCAUAACCCCUUUAUGUCUCGAGGCCAAUCCAGUUUAUUCACCAAACUCACUGCAGUUUCUCAGGAUGGAGUUUAUUAUUACACAUGCUUUACAGCCUGAUCAACAAGUAUUGCACCAUCUACGCUUGUGUUGAUCUCUCACAUUACAGGCGUUCAGAUGUCAGUUUGUUAAUGUUACAUGCUCUGAAAAAAUGCCAACCACUUACUAUAGCAUACUUCUUUAUUCUGGUUAGCUGUUUAUUCUAUUUUAUGUUGUUCUGUUAUUUUAGCAUAGUUUAUUCAUUAAUAGCACACUUUAAUGCGCUUAUUAUUUAAUCAAAAUGGUUUUGCACUAUUUGAUUUAAUGGAUGUUGGUGGUAAUUUACUGGCUGUGGUUUUUCAGUUGUAACUUUUUUUAAACACUGGUUUGAAUGAAUUAAAUGUUUGCACUUGUUUGUAUAUUAAGAAAAUAAAAUGCCAAAAGUGGAAUUUGAUUACAAGAAA